GUUCGCCGUUUGCUUUUUAUAUUUUAGUCUCCCUACAAUAAAUCUAGUCGCAGUACCAGUCACACUGGAUUCAUUUCAAAUUCGACACCAAAAUUGUUAAAUCGAAACAAUACGUAGAAAUUGUUUUUGUGGAUUUGACCAAAUUGCUAAAAAAACCUAGCAUGGAGUUGUUCGAAGAUGAUGUGCCCUCUUGCAGUCGCGUCAAGAGCUUGGAGGACCUGCAAACAUCCCCAGAUGCCCUAAAUGUGGCAUUGGGCUAUGGGAACGGAUUGCCAAAGUCUGAGAGCCCACGUCCGAAGAACAUAAACGAGUUGCGGAUGCUAGUCAACGACAUACGCUUCAUGUUGCGCAGCCAAUUGUUGGCAUACGAUGCCAAGCUGCUAAUCUUUGCGGCCGCAGCAAGCACCGAGUGCCCCGAGGACACAAUGGUGCCCGCACCACCGGCGUUCAAAAACACUAGCACUGACGACGACCUGUAUGACGCCACCGACGACGGCUGUGACAUGGAACGCCUGCGCAAAGCCGUUCAAGAUAACUGGCCCAGUUGCACUGUUAUGAUGGAUAACCUGUGUGCGGUGGACACGCUGGACGAAAUGUCUGAUGACGACGUGGAGGCCGUCCAUCUGCUCCACUGGGUGCUCGCUGAUCCGUCCAGUCCCAUGCUGCGGCGCAUGUCCGGCGUCCAUCUGCGCAGUCUCUGCAAGCAUCUUGGCGUGGCCCGGCCCUCGCAAAUGCCCGUCCAGCUAAUGAGCAUCUGCUAUGAGGAUGAGCAGGUCACCCUCCCGGACCGCAAAGUCAGGCGCAGCCACGCUUACUUGGGCUUGAAUUUCGGCAAGUUGUAUCGCUUUCUUGCGACUGGACACUUGGAUCAUUCAGGACCGGAAGAUUACACUCGUCUGUACGCCCAGCCAGAGUCUGCCCUGCUGCAGUGCCUCGAGCCCCAGCCAGAGCAAAUGAAAACUUGCUGGCUUCAGUCGCGCUUCGGCGUAACACAGCGUGCGCUCGUCAUUUGCGCCCUGCCGUCAGAACUGGAAAGACCGCUAAAGAUGUCGGCCACAAACCAAUUCCUUGAGUAUAUAGUCCAUGAUCCCAGUCGUCUCCGUCCUUGCCAUCUGCUCUUCUACGACGAAGCUACCGCCAACAAAAUGAUGAUGUCCUGGCCGGGUCACAUAAUCGAGAUGUCUCCCCAACAACAGCGCAUGAAUGCCGCUCAUAGGCCCAUGCACAGGGCCACUACCGAAACCGGCCGCAAGAUCAAGGCCUGGGCCCAGUCAUUCUGGACUGGCUUGGUCGCUGUCAAGCGAUAUGUGUGGGCCUCAUGCUAGCCCCAACCCCAGUCCUGGCUGCGGCACAGCCAACAGUCGAGCGCAGCUUCUGGCGAUACAUACUCCUACUAUUUGUUCAAAUCUGAAUCGAAAUUAACGCUGUUCAAAUCGUUUAGCCCGCAAUUCAUUAUGUAUCCUGUAUUAUCUAUCAUAAGUAAAGGUAAACGAUGGAAACUGCA